GAGGAAGAGGAAACGUACUGCUGCUUUGUCAAGGUGUGCUCUGCUCUUCUCUCACACCCCUCCCGGAGCAGUCUGUGGUUUGCUGUUGUUGGUUCAAUUAUUUGAUUUUAUAUGAUCUAUAUGAUUUCUCACUCACUCUUGCUCUUAUUUCAAGUCCUGGCACUUCUGACGUGCUCUGUAAAAUUGGCCCACUGGUUCAUUCUGUUAGACUGCAGAGCAUGCAGGGUUUUUGUUGUUGUAGUAUAAGCUUUACUGCAAAUUAUUAUGUGUUUAAAACUGAAUUUCCAUUCUACCUUCUGAGUUAUGUUUGUGUGAAAGAAAUAGUCUACAUUAAUAAUCUUCAUAAAGCAUUUUUACUUAAAAAAGUAAAGGUAAGCAGACAGGAUGAUGGAAUGUUCAAGAACUGUACUCUAGUUGCACAGAAAUGACGAAAAAUCCUUCCUCUGACUCAUGAACCUGAAAAAGCUGGGAGAACAGAAAGCUUUUUGUUGUUGUCUUUGGUUGAUGCCUUAGAGUGUUUAUAUAUAUUUAUAUAUGUAUUUAAUUUUUCUAGAAUAAGCUCUGUAAAACACAGCCAGUAGCACUAGGCAGGUGAUACACUCUGCUCCCUGGUCACGUUCAGAAGUGUUAAUUAAAGUGCCCAACCUGAUACUCUACUGGGUAUAGUAUUUCCAGAAAGGGAGAUACCCAAAGUGCUCUAGCUGUUGUUUCAGGAUGUUACUGCUUGCCUUUUGCUUCCUGUUAUCAUCACAGCAGCACUCGCCCUCUAUUCCUCCCGCAAGUCAGCUGGGACGCUGAGUUUUGCACGUUUCACAGGGGAUUAUCUGAGAAAUGCAGCAACUUGCAUACCCUGUUGUUGAAGGCAAGUGGACAGUGUCUAGAUUGUAUGCAAAUUCUUGUAGUUGUUUGGUUUUCUCGUAACUCGUUGCACAUCUGAGGCAGCACGUGGAACACAACAUCAUACUCAUCAUUACAAAUGGUUGGUGCAAAACAGCUAUUGCUAUGUCCUAAGUUUGUGCACAGGGUGUGGAAUUAGCAGCAGUCCUCAGGAAGGGACGUGGAGUGGGAUUGCUGCCUGAACAGAAGUCCUCAGUGCAGAGGUACAAAGGGUGCUACCAGUGAGUGAACUAAAACCCUGUGUUAAUUUGAACAAAGGUCUCUUCCUUGGUCUCUUUAAAAUCUCAUCUUUAAUUGCUGCUGAUCUUUGUGCAGUGCCAGUAGAAAAAUUAAGGAUGUGGCUCAAACAGCCUGAGAGCUAAUGACCACAGAGGUGGCUGAUGUUUGUUUCCUUUGCUGGGAAUUUUGGGUUGCGCUUCUGUCAGCAUACAUAGAAGGUAAAGUGAGGUUUCUAUGUAACGGGAGCAUGACGGUGCUGCUUCUGGUGGUGUUGCAGAUGUGGAAGGCUACCGCAGGCCACUCCAUUGCCGUCAGCCAGGAUGAUGGAGCAGAUGACUGGGAGACAGAUCCCGACUUUGUGAAUGACGUGAGUGAGAAAGAGCAGCGCUGGGGGGCUAAAACUGUGAAAGGAUCCGGCCAUCAAGAGCACAUCAAUAUUCAUCAACUGAGAGAGAAUGUAUUCCAAGAACACCAGACCAUCAAAGAGAAGGAGCUUGAAACAGGACCAAAAGCUUCCCAUGGCUAUGGAGGGAAAUUCGGCGUUGAACAAGAUCGCAUGGAUAAAUCAGCUGUUGGACACGAGUACCAGUCAAAGCUUUCUAAGCAUUGCUCACAAGUGGAUUCUGUGAAAGGAUUUGGAGGCAAGUUUGGAGUACAAACUGACAGAGUUGACCAGUCAGCUGUUGGGUUUGAAUACCAGGGGAAAACUGAGAAACAUGCCUCCCAAAAAGACUACUCAAGUGGUUUUGGUGGAAAAUAUGGAGUGCAAGCUGACAGGGUGGACAAGAGUGCAGUGGGGUUUGAUUACCAGGGUAAAACCGAGAAACAUGAGUCACAAAAAGAUUAUUCCAAGGGCUUUGGUGGUAAAUAUGGUGUUGACAAGGACAAAGUGGACAAAAGUGCUGUUGGCUUUGAAUAUCAAGGCAAAACGGAAAAACAUGAAUCACAGAAAGAUUAUGUGAAGGGGUUUGGAGGCAAGUUUGGUGUGCAGACAGACAGACAAGACAAAUGUGCACUUGGCUGGGAUCACCAGGAGAAAGUGCAGCUGCAUGAAUCCCAGAAAGACUAUAAGAGUGGUUUCGGAGGGAAAUUUGGUGUACAGACAGAAAGGCAGGACCCAUCUGCUGUGGGGUUUGAUUACAAGGAGAAACUAGCCAAGCAUGAAUCUCAACAAGAUUAUUCAAAAGGAUUUGGUGGGAAGUACGGUGUACAGAAGGAUCGGAUGGAUAAGAAUGCAGCAACUUUUGAAGAUAUUGAGAAACCAACCUCAACAUAUCAGAAAACUAAGCCAGUAGAAGCUGUCGCUAAUAAAACAAGUAGCAUUAGAGCUAACUUUGAAAACCUCGCCAAGGAGAAAGAACAGGAAGACCGAAGGAAGGCAGAAGCUGAGAGAGCACAAAGAAUGGCACGGGAGAAACAAGAACAGGAAGAGGCUCGAAGGAAACUGGAGGAGCAAGCUAAAGCCAAAAAACAAACUCCACCACCAUCUCCUACCACACAACCAGCUGAACCGAAGACACCCUCAAGCCCAGUCUACCAGGAUGCAGUUUCCUAUGAUGCAGAGUCUGCCUACAAGAACUCUAGCACAACAUACUCAGCAGAACACGAGCCGGAAUCCGGCUACAAAACGACAGGGUCAGACUACCAAGAAGCAGUGAGUCAGCGAGAGGCAGAAUAUGAACCAGAGACAGUCUAUGAAGUGGCAGGGGCAGGAGACCAUUACCAAGCAGAAGAAAAUACCUACGAUGAAUAUGAAAAUGAACUUGGAAUUACAGCCAUAGCUCUUUAUGAUUAUCAGGCUGCGGGUGAUGACGAGAUCUCCUUUGAUCCAGAUGACAUCAUCACAAACAUAGAGAUGAUAGAUGACGGCUGGUGGAGGGGUGUCUGCAAAGGCCGAUACGGGUUGUUCCCAGCGAAUUAUGUGGAGCUGAGACAAUAGAGACUGUUGUCUGCUGGUUAUGCCUUAAUUCCCCAGUCAAUAAAUCUGACCUAAUACACUACAAAUCAUGAUGCUUUUCUGAGAAUGGAGGGGUAUAUACAUAUUGCUUUUAUAUUUAAUACUUUGCCGAUGCUUUUUAAAAUGUUUAUGCCACAGAAGUUGCUAAUAUAUUGUAACUACUCUGUUCUUCACUGAGGCUCUUAAAAUGAUUUUCAUGCAUUUGGAACCAUUCUCUGCCAAAUUAGCGAUUGUCGUAAAAAGCCUUUCCAAGGACAAUUAGCUGUCUGUCAUAAUAUUGCAUGUUUUACUCAUAAGUGAGCAGAUUUACCUCGUGUUUAAGUCUAGUUAGUCUUCCACUAAAUGUUUCCAGCUCAGAAAAUCAUGGCUUUGCAGGUUAUUUGCAUUUCCACUAAGCAAACGGGGUGGGCAGGACUGGGAAGGGGCAUAAUUUUUUCCUUUUUUUUUUUUUUCUUGAUAGUAUGUGAAAAAGCAAAGAGAAUGCUUGAAAGUUACAGCUAAUGGCAGUUAAUCAAGUGCUCUCCGAUAUUUACUGAGUAUUAAUGUUAUGAAGGAAACAGUCUGGUUACUUUUUCCUUCUCUUUUAAGUUGAAGUUUCUAGGAUAUUGCAUUGAUUUCUUUUCAUUUUUUCCCCCUCAUCUUGCUCCCUCUCUUCAUGUUAUCCCAGAGGAGGACAGCAAAACAUUCUAGCACUGAUUGUCUUGAAUUUAUUUGCUUAUUGUUUCAAUUCCUCUCCCCUCUUUCACAGGACAACUUGAAAAAAUUACUGUACAAGCGUUGGGUUACUCAGUGAAAUUCCUACUUGUACAAAGGGAAACUGACAUCCCAAUCUGUGCGAAUACCUACAGGAAUAGUCUCAUUUCUUUAAAGGGGAGGAGAAAAGGCAAGAUGGAAUUGCAGUCGUUUUGCGUACAACGCAUCCUUUGUUCAUGCAGUGAAACAGGCAGGCCUGCUAUGCAGUAAUAACAUUUUACAUGACCAUAUUUGAGUUGAAGACUAUUAAUACAAAUAUUUUGAUUUUAAGCCCCUAUAAAUAAUCUCAUUUUUGAAGGAGACAUCUGUACUUUUUGUAUGUUCAGCAGAAACUGCCAGUAGCGUUCUACUAAACAAUGGGAUUAAACCUGUUCUUUGCCAAAACUAAAACCAAACUUUUUGUCAUCCUCGAAAGCUGAUUUUACUGCAGGUUUAGGGUCCCUACCAAAGAUGAUAGUAAGCUGCAUCUAACAGUGCACGUUAAAUGUAUGUACCGUCUGUUUCCACCUUCUGAGCAAAUGAGAAAAGCAGAACUGAUACGGUAGCUAACAAAGAAUGCAAAGAAUUUUUUUAAACUGUAAAUUUGGACCAAUGGAAUAUAGGAGACCUGUAUAAAAUGGUAAAAUAUAUAAUGUAUCAUCUUGGAAGGCAUUGUGUUGAACCAAUUCUUGGAUGGUUGGGACAAUCCUUAAUGAAUGUCACGUAUACGUCACGAUUAUAUAUAUUUUUCCUUUCCAUGGUCUCAUUUCUCUGUUGUAUUUGCAUUAACUAGGGUUGGGUUUUAUAUGCAGUUUAUUUUAUCCUAUUUUGCAUAGAACACCUCAUAGGGGAGAUAUGAUUUUUGUAAAUUAAAUCUUCAAUAAACUUUUUGAACCAUUUGCAUGUAA